AUGUCGAACUGGUUUGGAGAUCUGCAGUUGGCGUACAAGUACAUUGUCGUCUUCCUGUCACUAUUGGUUAUUACUAUCCUCGGUGGAUUCAUUAAAGUGCUGUACAACCGUCAGAAGUUGAAGAAGGCGAAGCAAGUCGAGCUAGAGGCCGGACCCAAGGAGGACACUGUUGAACUGAACCAGCGCGAGAAGGAUGAGGGCGAUCUAUUUGGUAUCCGUGCCAUCGAGGCUGGUUUCUACGCCGGUGUUGCUCAAUCGCGACCCACCUCAAGAGCAGGGUCUAUCAUGGGCGAUAACCCAACAAUGAGCUCCAGCACUUUGGUUGGAGGAAGCGUCAACUCGCCACUCAUGAAGGGGCAAUCCGCCAACAACAGCAUGCUCAGCCUGAACCUCAACGCUGCCAACCAGCCUAACACACGACGAGCUUCUCCACCCUCAAUGAAGCUCCGUCCUUCUGAAGCCGAGCUCAGUGGAAGACGCAACCACAACGGCGCUGUCGACAUGUCACUCCAAGUUCCUCCUUCGCCUGGUCACCCACGAGGCCCUCCUUCUCCUACCUUUGGUGGCUCCGACAGCGACAGCGAAGGCUUCACAUCUCCACGAUCCAUGUCACCCGCCGACUUGAACGGCCAGCAAUACGCUCCGGCGCUCACUGUUUCACACCACACUGGAGAUGACAACGGCGUCAAGUCGCAGCAAGGAUCUUACCACAACUCGCCUGGUCAGUCACCAACACCGCUGUCGCCUCACAACCCGCCGACGGCUAAGCUGCCAUCUAUUCCUGGCCACGCUUUGAGGAAAGAGUCGCGCUCCCCAUCGCCCGAGUACGAUUACCCUCGCGUGCAGGUCCACGAGCCGAACUCUGAACCUUCGUCGUCCGCUCCUCCCCAAAUCCAACUACAGGCACGAACCUACUCGCCACACCAUGAACGAGACGGAAGCGAUGCGAGCAGCAUCUACAGCAGCGGCAACCGGCUAAGCACUUUCCAAGCAUACCAAGCUUUUCAGGAGGAUGCGCACAAACCGGAUUCGCACACUCCAAUCUCGCAAAAGCAGAAGGCGCGCCGCUCAGCCUCUGCCGCCUCAACAGUCGAGCCUGGUCACACGUCAAUCCUUGCGUCUACUGACGACGAGGCAGAACGUCGUCCCAGCCACUCAAGCACUCUGCUUGCUCCAGGCCAAGGAGGAAAGGACGCUCGACUGAGUGAACUCUACGAAGCAUACUACCGCAACUCACACAUUGGCUCAACCCAGCCUGGCGAUAUUAAGAAACAAUAUGCUGAAAGGCAGUCAACCAUCAUGGAGGUCGAUACCCCGAUGGCGUCGCCCAUGUUUCCCAACGACCAGAGUCCCGGCGCUGCCUUUUAG